AUGUCACAAAGAAUAACAUUACCGAAAGUAAUCUUUGGGACUAGUGCGCUAGGAAAUUUAUAUGUGGCACUUGAAGAUAAAAUUAAACUUGAAAUUGUUACAGCAUGUAUUCAAUAUAGCUCAACACAAAAACCGGUCGUAUUUGACUGUGCUGGAAAAUAUGGAGCUGGAUUAGCUUUAGAAACUUUGGGUAAUUGCCUGAGAACGUUAAAUAUAAAGCCAGAGGAUGUACUGAUCAGUAAUAAACUUGGCUGGUACAGAACUAAUGAACUUCAAAGUGGCCAAGAACCUACAUUUGAACCUGGAGUAUGGCGCCAUUUGAAAUAUGAUGCAGUACAGAAGAUCAGCUACAAAGGCAUACUUGAAUGCUAUGAACAAGGAAACCAGCUGUUGAAUGGUUACAAGGCUGAACUUGUAUCAAUACAUGAUCCAGAUGAGUAUGUUGCUGCUGCUCAAAGUCAGCUAGAAAAGGACAAACGUUACAAUGACAUUAUUGAAGCUUACCGUGCACUUUCUGAAUUGAAGAAUCGAGAUGAAGUCAAAGCCAUUGGCAUUGGAUCAAAAGAUUGGAGAAUGAUAGUACGUAUUGUAAACGAUGUUAGUUUAGAUUGGGUAAUGAUUGCCAAUAGUAUGACUGUACACAGUCAACCCCAGGAGCUAGUUACUUUUAUGGAAGAACUACAAAAGCGUGGAACAAUCAUUAUCAACGCAGGAGUCUUUAAUGGUGGAUUUUUAAUUGGCGAAGAUUAUUAUAAUUAUAGAUUGAUGGAUCCUCUAUACGAUCGACAACUGUUUCAAUGGCGUACAAAUUUUUUUAAACUAUGCAAUAAAUAUAAAAUCAAACCGGCUCAAGUAUGCAUCACAUUUGGACUAUAUGCACCGGGAGUUAAGAGUAUUGCGUUAAAUACUGCAGAUGUGGAUCGUGUUAAAGAGAAUUUAGAUAUGGCAGCAGCCGGAAAUGCGGUUAUACCGUCAAAUUUUUGGGAAGAGAUGAAAACAUAUGGAUUGAUUGACAAAAACUACACUUAUGUUUAA